AUGUCCCACCCACGGGUCGAAGAAGUCUCCGACAGCGACCCCGACAUGAUCUCGGACCCCGAAGAAGUCGACCUCGACGACUUUUCAGAGUCCGACAUCCUGCGCGCUCGCGUCCCCGGCAGCCAGCAGCAGCAGCAGCACGGCGCCAACCCGCAGAUGAUGCAGCAGAUGCUCAACCCGCUCUCCGGAGGCCCGCAGACCUCGACCCUCCCGCCGACGGCCGACCGCUCCGCCUACAACAGCUUCCAGUGCCUGUACCCCGUCUACUUCGACGCGUCGCGGUCCCGCGCCGAGGGCCGCCGCGUGAGCGCCGCCCUGGCCGUCAAGAACCCGCUCGCGCGCGAGAUUGCAAACGCCUGCUCCCGGCUGCGCCUGCAGACGCUGCUCGAGCCGGAGAAGAUCCACCCCAAGGACUGGGCGAACCCGGGCCGCGUCAAGGUCGGCCUGAAGAAGAACAACUCUGGCGGCGUCAGCAUCAAGAACAAGCACCACCUGUACGUGCUCGUCGCCAAGCACCUGCAGGAGAACCCGACGACGGAGGACUCGCCGGGCCUGCGGCUGCGCUUCGGCGGCCAGGUCCAGCCGCCCGAGGGGAAGCCGUACCCGAGGCCGGCGGUGCCGCGGGGCUGGAAGAUGGGCGAGUACCUGCCGUACCUGAGCGCGGCGAUGACGGGGGGCGGCGUGUCGGAGAAUUUGUUCAAGGACAUGAUGAAGGAGAUGCAGGGCGGGGCGGAUCCGAUGGCGGCGCUGAUGGCGAGUCAGGCUGGUGGUGGUGGGAUGAUGGGCGGCGGCGGUGCUGCGGAGGAGGACGGGGCGAAGAAGAAGAAGAAGGAUAAGAAGGGCAAGGGGAAGGCUUGA